UUACUUCCAUUGCAUUGCUGAUCACAUCGCCAAAUCCAUCAAAAUCGAUUACUGAAUUGGUUGCGGCCGGAACACCUGCUUUGCCAUUAUGUCUGUAAACGACGAGGGCGCUCGAAUUGCGUUCGAAGAAGCUGAAGCCGGUCUCGCGGAAGGUGGUAUUCCCGUCGGCAGCGCCAUUGUCGGUUCGGAUGGCAAAAUCCUGGGUCGUGGUCGGAAUUUGAGAGUCCAGAAUGGAAGCCCAAUUCUCCACGGCGAAACCGCAGCAUUCGACAGUGCCCGGCACCUCCGCAACAGCGACUGGAAAGGCGCGACAUUGUACACGACCUUAUCACCCUGUCCCAUGUGCGCCGGUGCGAUGGUGCUCUUCGGCAUCAAGAAGGUCGUCAUUGCCGAGAACUCGCACAUGAGCGGCAGAGAGGAAUUCCUUCGCAGUCACGGCAUGGAAGUAGUCGUAUUGAACGAUCAAAAGUGUGUCGGUCUCCUGAAUGAAUUCAUCGAGAAGUAUCCGGAGCAUUGGGAAUUUUGAUCUUGAGGCAUGUUGUCGAUGAUGAGCAAAGACAAUGAUCAACGACAGUAAAGUAUUUCUCUUUCAAUGCAAAUUGUUUGAACC